AUGACGUCCAUAUUAUCUUCGGAAACUCAUUUUCAACGACCUCAGCUUUUAUUACGACAUUCUUCCACCAAUUCUAUCAAGCCUAUCUCGACGGCGAAUACAACUCCGAUACCUUCGAGACCAAAUUCAGAUGGAGUAAAGGGUGAAGAAGAUGAACUUCAUGACGAUGUUUCUACCCCUCAACAAGAACUACCAAAUGGUUUGCUCCCAUCAUCAUGUUCUGCACCUAUGAAAGCAGCUCCUGUGACAGCUAUUGCAUCUGGAUCUGGACUUGGUACAGCAUCGACUCCCAGUCCCAGAGGUGGGAUUUACAGUAAUGGAAGUAGUAAAAGUAGAAAAAGUAGUUGCGAGGUUUGUCAUCAGAGGAAAAUCAAGUGCGAUCAACAACGACCUUCAUGCUCUUCCUGUGUUAGAAAGAAUCAUACAUGUCGAUACGCCGAAGAAGCAGAACCAAAUCAUCCUCUUUCAGUUCCUAGACUAAAUCAACAUCAAAGAGCGAUGAGUGUCACAAUAGUCAAUGCAACCGAUCCAACAAUCAAACAUACAAUAUCCGUUCCCGGAAAUGGAAAUUCAGCACCAUCAACGACAGCGACAUCAACAAUGACUACACCAUCACUGAAAGUAGGAUAUGGGCAAAAUCAUGUGAAUGCACCAGAAUGGAAAGUAGAGAACAGUCCCAGCAUAAACGGAAUCGGAGAAAAGAAGAAAGCAGCCGAAAGGAGAGAAAGAAUACUGAACGGAUUCGAUUCUGAAGAUGAAGAUGACAACGAAGCAGAUGGUAAAGGUAGCGUCAAAGGAAAGAAUAAAGAUAAGACAAUUGAUCUGGAUGGUGAAUUGGCCGCAUUGGCAGAUGACAAACAGGAAGAAGUGGAUGAAUUAGAAGAUGACGAUCAAGAUGGUAGUGUGGAAAGUGAAGAAAAGGAUAGGAAAAGGAACAUCAUCGUUGAUGAUGAUUUGUCUGGAGAACUUCUUGAACUUGCUUGUGCACCGCCGAAGAAGAAGAAGAAACCUAUUCCCUCUGCGUCAGCUUUCACUAGUACAGCACAACAUAAUUUCCCUCGACCUGCUGCCAAACCUUUGACGCAUCGACAGUCAGGCGGCCGCUCUUCUCUGCCUGCGGGUAUGAUGCCUCCUACUCCUGCGACCAGUGCUGCCGCUCAAUCUUCCAACGGUCGAACCGACAACGCACGUUACGACCCAUAUAGUACUCCAUUGCAGAAUCUCGCUAGCUCUCUACCAUCUCAAGAGAUGCAGCAGAUACUUUUCUCCACCUUCUUCAACGACCCAUUCCUCACCGAAGGUAUCUCUCUGCUUCAACCUCAAUACAUGGACAACUUGAAAGGCGUCCUCGAUAAGAAAGGUACACGAUAUCAGCUUGGAGAUGCAACCACUUUGGCGAAUACAUUCGCAUUUCUUGCCACUGCAUUGCGAAUGCUCCCCGAUGAGACUGGUAGGUUGUUAUUGGCGAGUCAAGUGUUCACCGGAAGUGCCCCAUUUCAAUUCCCUCGGUCACUAUCAAAAAUCAUAGCUUGUCAAGGUGCAUCUGCCAGCGAUGUCACCCCUCUCGAUCAACGAUAUCUUGAUUUAGCUCUUAUCGCAGCUCAAAUAGCUGAACAGCAAGAUCCACCCAGCGUCAUGUUAGUAAUGCUCAAACUUGUCUUGUACAGAUUCUGCAUGAUCGGGCACAGAAAGGACAAAAUUGUCCUCGCAGGUAUGUGGCUCGCUCAAGCUGUCAAGGUCGCUCAGGCUCUAGGAAUGGGCAAAGAAUGGGAAGGCUUGACUCAAGGGGAAAGGGAGUUGAGGAGAAGGGUGAUGUGGUCUCUAUAUGUCGCGGAUAGACAUCAUUCCUUCGAGACUUAUUUCCCUUACACAAUAAUGGAUGCCCACCAGGGUAUUCAUCUACCUUCCCCUAUGGCUGAAAGCGAUUUAUAUAAACUUCGACCUGAUAUUCGAGAAUUACCCGGACACGCUACUGAAGUAGCUCCAACAGCUUGUACAGCUUUGUUCAUACAUACACACCUUGCAAGACGUAUUACCCCUAUAUUGGAUUCAUUCGCUACCAUUUCAGCUGCGAAUACGCCACAUGAUCUUGUUUUAAGAUUCGAUGCUUCAUUGGAUGCUUUUCAAGAUGCGCUACCACCUUACUUCAGAUUGUUCCCAUUGACUGAAACUCGAUUCGAUUCAAGUCACCCAUAUCUUCCUGCUCAUAGAAUCCGACUCCAUGCUACCCUCUUAGCAUACAGGUUAGGGGUACACAGAACACAUUUAUCAACGUAUUUGAUGCCUUCGACAUCGAGCGCGAUAAGACAAGCUAUAGCUGAAGUCUGUCUAUCUUCAAUUAGAGUCCAACGUUCAGCUAAACUACUAGAUUCCAAAGUUUCAUUCAGACUAUUCAACCCAAUGACACUGUUUGAAAAUGCAUCUACCUUAGCUUUAAUCAUGUAUGUCGAAAAAGCCAUCAACACUUCGCCGUUAGAUGGAAAUCAAAACUCCUAUUAUGUAAGAGAAUCGUUGAUGUGGAGAAACGGUAUUGCGGAAGCUGCAGAAUUGUUGGAUAACGUAGUUGCAGGUGAAGGUCAAACAUACGCUAGGAAAUCCGUGGGUUUAUUAAGAGAACUCAUCCUGAGGAUAGAUACACCCUUGAAACCAACACCCAUGGAACGUGACAUCUCUAAUUCUCCUGGAACAAGGUCAAUCCCAUCAUUCGAAAAUGGAUUGCCCGCUCACCGAAACUCACCUUCAAUAAGGGAAAAGUCAUUUUCCACGUCACCUCUAUCUAACGAUAAACAUCAUGCACCGAGUCUUUCACCCAUCAAACCUCCUUCCACCUCUCAAGCUCAAAAUCAGGAAACUCCGUAUGUUCAGAACGUCAUCACCUGGUUAUAUGAUUUGAGAAAAGGAGGAAUCAAUUUGGAAAUUCUUUUAAAAGAACCAGAAUGGCACGGUGGCUGGGAAAGAAUCGUUGUCGGGAUGUAA